CAACCGAAAACUCCACGACGAAUGUAUUGAAUACACCAAGAAUUAUCCAUAAUCCUCAAAUUGGAAGCAGGCAAACAAAGUUUGCGACAAGGCGCAACGGCAGAAAAAUGGGAGUUCCCCGGAAAUAUCCUGCGUUGCUACUGUUCCCUGAUGCAGCGUUGUAA